UAUCGAUAGGCAAUGUUUUGGUCUUGUUUGUUAUGUGGCAUAAAAACAUACUUUUCAUGCGGAUUUUAAGACAAUUCAAAAGCAUUCUACGAUUGGCAAGUGUUGCACUAUAUAAGUUAAUGGAUAGUUAAAUUGUGCAAGUAAAAGAGCGACUUAGAGUGUUGUCGGUGCAUGGACAUACUAAAUCGGCAGCGAAUCAACCACUGUAAACAAUUCUCGUGGCUGUCGAAAAUGCAAAGCCCCAAAUGCGUGCGAAACGCGCAGACCCAACAUGGAGAUGUCUCAUCGGUGGACGUGGAGAAUAUAUUUUUGCACCGGUCCAUGCUGUCCACACAUCCGAUACUAGGAGCCAAUCAAGAUCAGUCUCCCCAAUGUGUUUGGUUUCCAGAUGACACAGCCACUGAUCAAACAGAAAGCACAGAUUCUCCCAUUUUAUUAUCGAAAGACGAACUCGAGCUUAUAAAUUUGCCAGAAAAACGAAAGGCUGACACUUUAGAUGUCGAAAGUAAUGUAAAAAAAGCAAAGUUGGAUGCCAAUGGGCUUAAAACCAAGAGACCCGGUUUCAGUGACGAGAGAUACGAUGAGACUUCGUAUUACUUUGAAAAUGGACUUAGAAAGGUGUAUCCCUAUUUUUUCACAUUCACGACGUUCGCCAAAGGUCGUUGGGUUGACGACAAAAUUCUAGACGUAUUCGUCCGUGAAUUCCGUGCCGCUCCGCCCGAGGAAUAUGAGCGGAGUCUGGAGGCCGGAAAGUUGACGGUCAAUUACGAAAAGGUUCCCAAGGACUAUAAAAUCAAGCACAACGAUCUGCUGGCCAAUGUCGUCCAUAGACACGAAGUCCCUGUUACUUCACAGCCCAUCAAGGUAGUAUACAUGGACAAGGACAUUGUGGUUGUAAACAAGCCGGCGUCCAUACCAGUACACCCCUGUGGACGGUAUAGGCAUAAUACUGUGGUUUUCAUCCUGGCCAAGGAGCACAAUCUGAAGAAUCUGCGAACCAUCCACAGGUUGGAUCGGUUGACAUCUGGUCUGCUUAUGUUCGGUCGCACUGCCGAAAAAGCCCGAGAAUUGGAGCUGCAAAUUCGAACUAGACAAGUGCACAAGGAGUAUGUGUGCCGGGUGGAGGGACGCUUUCCAGAUGGUAUCGUUGAGUGCGAUGAGAAAAUCGACGUGGUGAGCUACAAAAUCGGUGUUUGUAAGGUUUCGCCGAAGGGCAAGGAAUGUAAAACCACGUUUCAACGAAUUGGUGAAAUAGGUGAUGAUAGCAUUGUUCUAUGCAAACCACUCACAGGACGAAUGCACCAAAUCAGGGUGCAUUUACAAUUUUUGGGUUAUCCCAUAUCAAAUGAUCCUUUGUACAAUCACGAAGUUUUUGGUCCUCUAAAAGGACGCGGAGGAGACAUCGGAGGAAUAAGCGAAGAACAGUUGAUCAAUAACCUAAUUAGCAUUCACAAUGCCGAAAAUUGGUUAGGACUUGAAGGAGAACAGGUCGCGGAAGUCAAAGGCGAAGUAAAAAGUACUUUAGAAGUGGAAGUACCAGCCGUGAUUAAAGCUACGCCUGAGAUCUUACCACCAACAAAUGGAUCAAUAAGUGAAGUUGCCACGCAAACUUGUUAUGAAGAACCGGACAGGUCCUUUGAUUCUAAAAAGGCAACUUCAGAUCCGCAUUGUUCUGAGUGUAAAAUCAACUACAGAGACCCUGGCCCAAAAGACCUGAUAAUGUACUUGCAUGCUUGGAAAUACAAGGGGGUCGAUUGGGAGUACGAAACAGAACUGCCCGACUGGGCCUGUCAAUCAACUAUUAACUAUGAUCAGUUGUGAAUCGAUACAUUAUUUCCCUUUUUUAACAAAUAAAGAACUUUCAUUUCAUUAA